AUGGAUGAGUUAUUUGAUAAUUACGGUAAACUAGGAAUCAUCCUCAAUACACCAUCUCAUCAUCGUGUUCAUCAUGGUCGUAAUCCUUACUGCAUUGAUCGUAAUUAUGCAGCAGUAUUCAUCAUAUGGGAUAAAAUAUUCGGCACCUUUGAGCCGGAACGUCAACAUGAAAAACCGGUUUAUGGAACUGUUAAGCAGGAAAGAAGUUUCAAUCAGAUUUAUCUUCAGUUUCAUACCUUAUAUAACCUAUUAUUUGUGAAAUGGAGAAUGAAAACAGAAAAAGGUGAAUGGAUAUUUCAAGGAAUUGAAAAAUUAAAAGCUAUUUACUAUCCACCAAUAUAUAUGCCUGGUAUGAAAGUGCAACGAUACUUUCAUUGGUUCUCAAUGGUUGAUCAUGAAGAAGGCAUUCCAUUGGUGAAUUAA